AUGGACAACGCAGCACUCGAGGCCGGCCGCCUCUCUCCCGUCGUCAAACGCCAGGAAAACGACUGUCUCGUCACGAUGGAGGGUUUGAAUCCCGAACGGGCGAGACGGCUGCUGGCACCACGCUCUCCGUCCAUGUCACCCAACAACGUCUCUGUCGGGCCGCGAAAGACAGGCAGCAACAACAUCGCACUGGGCAGGCCUGGCGCUCAAAAAUCCACAGGCAUCAAGAAAGAGUGCUCUCCAUCUCGGCCGCCGCUUAUGCGCAUCCCGAAGCCUGCUUCACCAGUGGUUGCGGGAGCCAAGAGGCCUCGUGAUCAUCUGGAUGAGCCCCAAGAGCCGCAUCUGCGGCGGCAGUGGCCCCCGAAUUCCCCCGUCUUCCUGUCUCCUCCGCCACCGAACCCCCACAUCGUCUACCUGGAAUCUCUCCUUCAGCCUCACUGCCUUUUGUUGACUCUGAGGUCGAGGCUUGGCGAUGGAAGCCAGGCCCUCUCGACCCAAUAUCGCUCAGUCACAAAGGCAGGGCUUCUUCUAGGAGAGGCAAUCCAAAGCCAGCUAGACCUCCCCAUAUUGCGACUUCCGGCUCCAGCCAAGGUCAUUGGAGGGCUGGAGGGGACCAUCGAAGGGGAGUUCCUAGAGGAUAUUUGGUACAACCUCACUCCUCAAGCAAAGUAUUCCUAUGCGCGCCAGUUGCGCCAUGUUCUCAACAGCAUGCGCCUAAACAUGGCGCAAACUCGCAGCACAGCUACUCCACAAGCCAAAGGAAAUAUGCUGGGAUCUGCUUUUGCAGGUCCUUUUUCCCUAAUGCUGGAUCAGCACGCCCACCAAACAUACUGGGCCGUUCAUCCAAAGCCCACCUGUGAAGAGUUUGUCGCUUUUUUGACAUGGUCAUUUGUUGCAUCUGUUCCAGCGAGCGUCGCUGCUGCUGUCGCAUCCCAAUUCCGGUCAGAUCACGCGGUGCGCUUCACUCAUGGUGAGCUCAGCCCAAAAAAUAUUGUUGUGCGAAACAGCAAGAUUGUGUGCAUUCUGGGCUGGGACAGGGGAGGCUGGUAUCCAGAGUGGUGGGAGUACGUCAAGUUUUUUGAAGCUCGUACGGGCCCUGAAAAUCAAGACUGGUACGACUACGCGACUCACAUUUUCGUGGACACUUUUCAAACUGAGCUGGCGGCAUACCAGGGUAUCGCGAGAUGCCAAAGCUCUUGA